CACAUAAAGUCCCGAUGCUGCGCGAGGGUUAAAUCGAUUGCCGUUUUGUACACGAGGUUUCUACCUUUAUGGUCGUGCCGUUUUCUACUGUUGCCUUUGUUUACAUCACAGGAAAGUUUGAGGAAAUUGUGAGCAAUGGACAGGUUGUCGUCGACGAUGGAGAGGUUGUUGUCGCCAGAGACAGUGGACAUCAUAAAAGAGAAGACAGGAGAGGGGUAUAAGUUAGUUGUCGAACUGCCAACAGGUUACAAGGUCGUCCUUGUCGGAGUCGGGGCUGUUGUUCUGAUGUACAAGUAUGCCACCUCAACUCAUGGGUUCUUCAAGAAGUUGGGAAUUCCAGGGCCAAAUCCAGGAAUAUUUGGAGCAAUUAGUGGAAUCAAGAAAUCUGGAUCUGUUUCGAAACAUGAUCAAGACAUGAUUGAGAAAUAUGGCAAAGUUGUAGGUCUUUUCCAUAUGCGACAACCAAUAUACCUCCUUGCUGACAUUGACAUGAUCAAACAGAUCACAGUGAAGGAGUUCCCAUCAUUCAUAAACCGCUCGAAACACUCCAACUUUCCACGAGAUCCACUGUUUAAGGAUUCCCUGGUUUUCUUGGCUGAUGAUCACUGGAAGUUCAUCCGAGGCGUCCUGAGUCCCACGUUCACAGGAGUCAGGAUGAGGGAGAUGAUACCGCUGAUGCAGAAGUGCAUUGAUUCUCUGGUGACGAACCUCUGGAAAACUACAGAAGGAGGCACAAAAACGAUCAAAAUGAAAGACUUGUUUGGACUGUAUUCCCUGGAUGUCAUCGCCUCCACCGCGUUUGGUAUUGAAGCUGACUGUCAGGCAGACCCUGAAAAUGCUUUUAUACUCAACGCUCAGAAGAUGACACAAAGAGGAAAAAAAGCAAUAGUCGUUUUUAUCUUUUGUACCUUGUUUCCCUUCCUGGGCAAAUGGUUGGAAGCUGUUGGUUUCAGGAUGGUUGAUGCUUCCUGUCGACAAUUCUUCACAAAGGCUGUGCUCCAGACCAUUUCAGAGAGAAGAGAACUUAACAUUAGUCAGCGGGACUUCCUGCAACUGAUGCUCAACUCCCACAAGCUGGAGGUGGCUCAGGAGGAGAAGGACUCUGACUCCUACGUGGACCUCGACAAGUCACUGAGGAGAGGGAUGACAAAUGAUGAGAUUCUGGCCAAUGCAAUCCUGUUUCUUUUUGCUGGCUAUGAAACUACAAACCUGACUCUGGCAUAUUUCGCCUACAACCUAGCGACCAAUCAGGACUGUCAAGACAAACUCAUAGAAGAGAUCGACCGAGUUCUCAAUGGGCAACCCCCAAGUUAUGAGACCAUGCCAAGAUUAGAAUACCUGGACUGUGCCUACCUGGAAAGUCUGCGUCUCUUCCCACCAGCAACAAGAAUGUCCAGAGUUGCCGAAGAGGACAUCACGAUUAAUGGCAUCCUUAUCAAAAAGGGAAUUGAAAUCCAUAUUCCUGUUGGAGCCAUACACAAAGACCCUGAAUACUGGCCUGAUCCGGAGACCUACAACCCAGAGAGGUUCCGCCCAGAAAAUCGCCCAGACAAUUACAACUAUGUGUACCUGCCGUUCGGUGCGGGUCCAAGAAACUGCAUUGGGAUGAGGUUUGCCCACCUGACUGUCAAGAUGGCUAUAGCAGGAAUUCUUCAGAAGUAUCGUUUUGUCACCGGUCCAGAAACAAAGAUACCUCCAGAGACAAAUGCCUUUGAACCAAAGCCUCAGGAUGGAAUGAUGCUGAGAAUUGAGAAAAGAUAAAAGGGACAUCACUCUGUGUCUUUCAUGUAAGGGAGGUAACUCCAUGCAAAGUGAAACUCUUAUAAUUGAUCCAAAAGGCUAUCUCUGUGAUUCAUCCACAUCAGGAAGGCCAGUCUACUGUAUUCGUGAAAUGGCAACAGUCUGUUUCUUUAAUUUCAUGUAGGGGAGGUCACUGAUUUAUUCAUGAAAGGGAGCAAACUCAGUGUGAUUGAUCCAACAAGGUUGUCACUCAGCUUAAUCCAUGAAAUGGUGGUCAGUAUGAGUUAUUUGGGAAAGAUCAGAAUUGCUUCUUAUUCUAUAAAAUGACAUCAUUCUGAUUCAUUCCACAAAGGAUUGUUAUUCCGAUAUAUCUGCGAAGCCAGCAAACUCUAUUUCACAGAGCAGAGAGGCAACUGUUCAGUUGUCUCAUUCAUCAAGGCAAGGUUAUUCUGUUUCCUUCUGAAAGUAAAGUCACUUUGGUCUAAUGUUGCAUUUUCAUGCCGUAAAAUGUCAUCAAUGUGUUUUUCCCCAUUUAUUUAUACAAAGGCUCUAAUCCAUGGACAAACCAGGCAUUUGAUCAAUAGCUUCAUUCCUCAAAGGGACGAUACCCUUAUUCAUUUUGUUGAUUUUUUUCAACUUAUUUAGUCUCAAACCAAUCUUCACAGAUACCUAAAGCAUCUACAAUGUCCCUGAAAGAUUUGGAGAGUUGUUUACAUAUACAUGCGUUGUGAAGUCAUUUACACUUACAAUAAGACCUACAGAUGAUCAAGUAUUAAGAAUGAUGGAAAAUGUUGUUUGAUGCAUUCUGUAAUGCCCAAUAAACAGCUCAAAGUUUAGAUUAGAAUAUGUAUAUCAGGAUGAAAUAUGUAUUGGUAGAAUAUGUAACUGUACCAUCUAUGAAGAAUAAUGUAUAGAUAAUGUAUAGAUAAGUAUAUGUCUACAGACCUGCUAGAGAAGAACCAAGUAGCACUGUCAGUGAGGGAGUGAUGCAUUGAUUGUUAUAAUGUAUGUCCCAGCAAUCCGUUUGUGGGAACAAGCACAUACUGGCAAGUGGUCCUGCGCACAGCACACAUGUCACAAAUUGGUUGAAGUUAAGGAAUUUUGGUUAGGGUGGAUGCGAAAAUUCUGACUUCCUCGAGUUUCAGGGUUCUGCUCUGUCCUGAUGUCUCCUCAGUCAAGUGAAUGUUAGAAAUGUGCCUCUGUUCACCAAGCAGUGACUGGGUACCCGGCAGGAUAAGAUUUUUAUGUGACUUAACCUUCUUGGGUUAUAUACCACCCAGGGAGCUGAGAAUGAAAUCGACAGCACAGUGAUCCAUUGAUGGGGGUAAUAAUGUAGCACUUAGAGCACAUGUCCACACUAUUAUUAGGGUAAAUAUAUUCAGGUUGUUACUAAGACUAUGUAACUAUGGGAUAGUAGCUAUGGGAUAGUCAUAAUGCUCCCCUCAAUAUGAUGUCAUGACGCUGGUCAACAAAAAUCACAGAUCUGACAACUCACUCACUGACAUUGUAAAUAUGAAAGAUAUGUCUCAACUUUCUAAAUUAACUGGAACAGAUCUAAAACGUAAGUUUGAUCUCUUCAUACAACCAGUUACCUGUGUGAACUGUAAUGUAAAUGUUAAAUAUAUAACUGUGUGAUAUCCAAUUUUGAUGUAAAAUUUCAGACUGUGAUAUUCAAUUUAAGUGAAAUGUAAGACUGUGAUAUUAAUAAUGAUAUGUAAGGCCACACUCCAGAAUAUUCAGACGUUCAUAUAAAAUAGACAGAUUCCAUUUACAGGUGUUUUCGUUUUGUUAGUAUUGAAGUACAAAAUGUCCUAAACACCUCAGAACAUCAACUCCUUGUAGAUUAACAGUGACACAUAUUGUUUGUUUAUAACAAGAGCCAUGACAAAUGUCCUUCCAGCAGCCACUGCUUGCCAGAGUGAAGAUUGGAUUGGUAGGCGAUCACUUAUAAUGGGUUUCAGUGACGUUGCUAGGUAAUAAUAUCACUUCGUCUGCUAGCUGGCUAGUACUACAGCUCAUACUCAAGAGGGUUUACAGACUUCAAAUGUUAAGAAUGAUAUUGGGUGAUGAACAGAAUCUAAACUGAAUCAGCAUUUUGCGAUGGUGUAUAUACCAAGCAUUUGUUUACCUUUUCGAGUAUUAAAAUGUUUUUGAGGCCUUCAGAUUGUCUAUGUUGUUGUUGAUUUGCUUCACAGAGUUGAAUCAUUGCGUAAAAACAAUAUCGACUUUUUGGGUUGUAGUAAAAGGGCCAAAGGACAAAAGGACCAAAAUUGAAAAAGUCAAAGUCAAAAGUCUGGUCAUGAGCAUGCUCAUAAAAUAAACACUUAACCGCUCUGAGAUGUUUUAAAUAAGGAACACUGAGACACUCUGAGCUGUUUAGGAUUAGAACCACUGCAACAACAUGUAAUGAUUUUCUUCUAAUGUUACUAUUUUUUAAACGUUUGGCCCUUUUGACUUUAAUGUGUGGCCCUUUGACUUUUCUUUGGCCCUUUUGACUUUCCAGUUUUGGCCCUUUUGUCCUCUGGCCCUUUUGUCCUUUGGCCGUUUUGACCUGUUCCCGACUGAUUUACUUCUUUGAUAACUUUUUACUUCUUUAAAAAAUGUUAAUCUCCUGUAGCAUUAUAGGCAGCUGGUACUUAGAUGGUGUUAAAACCUCUUAUGUUCAAUUAGUAGAAUUUUCACAGCUGUUGUGCACACGUCAUCGUAAUUACGUAGAUCUAUGUUGAUGCUGCUCAUCACUGGAUUGUCUGGUCAGAACCGCUCCUAAUCGAUAUGUUCAAUGAUUUUAUGGGUUAAAGUGUUUGUGAAACAUAUAUAUUUCAUGUCUGUGAGCCGAAGUACUUUACAAACAAAAUGCCAAAACCUUCUUCUCUUAGUACACAUAAUAAAGCAUGGUCAAUUAA